CCUUGAACAGUUCCAUAGAUGCACAGCAGACCUCUGCGACCGACGUUCCCGCUGCAGAACUUCAAGCCCUCAACAAGGCUCUAAACGCUGGCGCUUGAGCUGCGACGCUCUUGUGAGGACGUCGCGCUGCUUCCGACGUCAAGAAGAAACGGCGUUCGCCCUCGCAAUCGUAUUGACAAGCGGUGAGCGACGAGUCUCGUGUCCGUGAGCAUUGGAUCGUUGCCUCGUUUCGGUCUCGCUCCUUCAUCCUCGCCAGUCGCGCGCGUUUGUUUGGUCAUGGGGGAAGCGGGCAAUGCCGCCUUGGGCGACGACGCCCUCAGCCCGACCCUCAUCCGCGGUCCAUUUAUUUUCUCGUGCGCCCUGGCCAGGUUCUCUGUUCCACAUCCGCAAGUGUAGCCCCUUUCAUCCUUUGUCGCCAUCUCCAAAUGCAAAUGUCAUCCAUUCUCCUGUGAUCCUGGCCUGUGUGGCACUUUCCACGUUCGCAGACGCAGCCCCCAGCGCCCACAAGCGCCCAGCUUGUGACGGGAAUGCUUCAACAGAUCCGCGCAAGCCGCUCACGAGUGGAGCAACCACAUGGAACCUCGGGUGCUUGUUUGAGCUCCCGUCGCAAGCAAGCCGCGCGGGAGUCCCGACUGUAGCGUCGCUUUGCGCUCCAGCCGCCAGAAGCGUGUUCUCACGGCAGCAGCACUUCUUGAUGGCCCGCCUUGCGUCUCCGCACCGGUCCUGUCGCGGCUGCACUUCUCACUCACAAUUCUCCACACUUCUGACUCAGAUUAGGGCGAACGGCAGAACACCGGCGGGAUCCAGCAUGGUGACGUUUGGUCACGCGAUCGCCUUGUGUUGCGCGGCUAUACCUUUUUACACAGGUGUGGCUGACCCGUCCGUCGGUCAGCACGCACAGAAAAGAGGGGUGCACGCAACGCACCCCGCGUUCAUCGGAUCCAACGCCUCUCCCUACAAGGGAAGCCCGGCGGGCAAAGCGUGGAUGAUGCAUGCAUGUGCUGUCGCUUGAUUGAGCGCGCAUGGACCUCGCAUGAGAGCGCAACGCGAGCAUCGAUCGAUUCGGAAGGGGGCGAAGACACGCAACUGGUCUGCCGCUUUGAGCUCCUUGCUUCUGAGCUUUGUUUCUCUUCUUGCAGAUCGCCGUGCCGCAUCUCAGAUGCCCUCCAUUUCACGCGCACCAAGUCACGAGUCAGCUCUUCAGUCGCCUCCUGGCGGGAAGGGCAACCAUGGGGUUCGUGGUAACCGAAACAAAAGGCGGGUCUGCGUGCUGUACUUGGCACACGAGACGAUGCUCCUGUGCUCGUUAGCUUUUGCUGUCUGUCUCUUGGUCCCUCAACC